AUGACGCCUUCCAGUAACUCCAAGGUCCCCAGGCCAGGCCAUUGGGCUGUUUCUGAGUUCGGCGGCCCCUCGGUGCUCAAAUGGGAACAAUUUCCUUCUCUCCCAGUACCUACCCCGUCGACGGCGCGGGUCCGGAUCUUGAUCUGUGGCAUUUCUGGGGCCGAUAACAUUAUGCGCGCGGGCGGCUACACCCGGAAUCCGCUGGCGGCGCGACCAGGAUUUACACCGGGGUACGAAAUCGUUGGCGUGAUCGAGGAAUUUGGCGAGGGGACGGAGGACCGCCAGGGCUUCCAAGUUGGCGACGUAAUUGCUUCGAUUUGCAUCGUCGGAGGAUAUGGCACCCAUACGAUCGUGCCGUUGGAUGACAUGCUCAAGUUGAGAAGGGACGACGAUCUGGUCGCUGCCGCUGCCCUGCCGUUGAACUAUAUGACGGCGUAUGGGAUGUUGAAGAAGAGCGCGUUUCCUAUCAACGAAAAGACCGAGUCGGUUCUGAUUGGUUCAGUGGCCGGCGGUGUUGGAACAGCUGUCGUCCAACUUAUCCGCCUUCUUCAUCCCACUGUGACGAUCAUUGGAACCGCCUCGCCGGAGAAAUUUGCAUAUUUGGAGUCGCUCGGUGUGAGACCCGUUGACAGAAACACGCCGCCUGAGCAACUUCCUGCGGCGGUCAGGGCGGUCAACGGAGGCCGUGGAGUCGACAUCGCCUAUGAAAUGGUGGGCUCGCCAAUCAGCAUGGAUGCAUUUCUCUCUUCCACAAAAGAAAGAGACGGAAAGAUGAUCGCCAUUGGAUUUAUGGCCAACGUCAAGUCCGAUGGAAGUGGCUUGGAAGCCACGAUAUUCGAUCCUCUCAAGUACUGUGCCGACCGAUCCGACAGGGCAAGCUUCUUCAGCGUCACAAACCACUACUGGAAGGCACAGAGAGAAGUCUUUAAGAACGAUUUUGAAAACGAGCUUCUGCGUCCGGUCCGUUCCAAGAGCCUGGUUCCCGUCGUCAGCAAGCUAUGGAGACUUGAGGACGCCGUGGAGAUCAAUGAGCUGCUUGCUACUGGCCGAGGUGUCAUGGGCAAACAUGAGAUGGUUGUGGAUGAGGGUGUUUGGGACGAGUAUACUGCCAACAGGGCAGAGUGA